CACAGGAAAUGAAGACAGUCAUCUAGAGAGAGCAGCAACAGCAGCAGAGAGACAACAGAGCUGUCGAGUUGACAUGACGGGCAUAAAAUACCUGAUGAGAGUUCUGCUGCUCACCUGUCUACUUCUAAUAGGUGGACGGUGCAAAAAAGAAGCAGUGUUUGUGUACAGCACACUGCGAGGUGAUGUUCUCCUGCCAUGUGCCAACCUGGUUUCCUCAGACUGCUCCCUCAUCUCCUGGACUUUCUUCAAAGUCGGCCAGGUACGGCUCACUCAGGAGGUCAGCGGGGGUCAGGUGAGGGUGGACUCGGACAAAUUCAGCCGCAUGUCCAUCACAUCCAAUUGUUCUCUCCAUCUCCGUGACCUCCGGGUCGACGACGCCGGCUCCUACGUCUGCCUGGAUAAUGGAAACGCCAUCAGUGACAUCUACGUCUCUCUCCUCACCAUCACUUCAUUUUCCACCAUCACUGAACUGCAGCCUGGAGGAAACCUCACCCUGAACUGCAUCCUCUUCACUUACUAUGAUGCUGGGAGCUGCAAGUCAUACUCCAGUGUGUUCAACCUCAGCUUCACUGCCGAAGAUAGUACUGUGCUGCCCAACGACAACAGGUACAAGCUGACUGGCCACACCCGCUGCAAUAUCACUCUGGUUGCAAACCUUCAGAGGGAAGACAACAACAGGAAGUGGAGGUGUCAGGUGAACACCAAAGAAAACAGGAGGGUAGCGUUUAUAGACUUCACGUCCACCUUUUUGUUUGAAAAUCCUCCCACUGCCCAGAACCGAAAUCCUUCAGCUACCACUGAUUGUCCAGUCCACCUGCCCAUCAGCCGCAUCAUGCUCUGUCUGUCUCUGCCAGUCAUGGUGAUCAUAGUGGGACUCAUCACACGGGGAGGAGACCAUAAGAGGGCCAAAACAUCUGCUGCUGGCAUCGAGCCCCGGGAUUCGGACUGACUGUUCAUCACUGUUUUUGUUAAGAUUUUGCUCACAGAAUUUAUCAGGCAACAAAUACAGCAGCCAUAUUUAAAAGAGCUUAAAAUGUACAGAUGUAGCAGUUUGUAAAUGUGUAUCAUAUACUGUGUUUUUAUCAGGAGAUUCACGUAGAAACUCAAAAAAUCACGACAGAACAAAAAAAAAAAACGUAGUUCAAUGCAAAAUAAAAUCCAACUUUUUUUAAUCUGCUUUUUGCCAUCAAACAGCUU